CGAAAGGUGAACCACGUUAUAGCGAGGGACCACUGUACAAUAAUUUCCAGUAGCACUGCUGAUAUAUGAAAUGGUCGCAAUAUGGCGCUCCCCACUGGCUGCAGCCAGGUGCUCUUGGAAAACUACGCAAGCACUACAGACCUAUGGUCAAGUCGUACAACGGAACCAUAUAUGAGCUUCACAGUGCACUUCCUCACCGAAGACUUUGAACUGAAAACACGGUGUCUAGAGACUGUGUAUUUUCCAGACUCUCACACUAGUGAAAAUAUAGCCCAUGUAUUACGUGAGGUUCUAGCCAGCUGGGAUCUUAAAGAAGACGGACAAGUGUGCAUCACCACGGACAACGGUGCCAAUGUUGUGAGAGCCACAGAGCUAAACAACUGGGUCAGACUUCAGUGUUUUGGACACAGGCUGCACCUUGCAAUCGAAUAUUCUAUCAAGGAUGAUGCCCGCAUUGCCCGAGCCAUUGGUCUUUGCAAAAAGUUAGUUGGACAUUUUUGCCACAGCUGGAAAGCAAAGAUGGCUCUGAAAAAAGCACAGCAGAAGCUCAACCUCCCAGAGCACACACUCAUCACAGAAUGCCCAACCAGGUGGGGUUCCAGGCAGAAGAUGAUCGAGAGAGUCCUGGAGCAGCAGUGGGCCAUUUCUGAUGUCAUCUCAGCAGACAAGAAAUCAAGACACCUGAUUCCUACUUGGCAGGAUCUUGAGGUACUGGAGUCUGUCAACCAGGCAUUACACCCCCUGCAAGACUUUACAGAUGCCCUGUCUGGUGAGAGUUACAUUAAGUUCUGUUCCACUUGCCCGAAAUGAACUUGGUAAAAGAGCUUUUGUCAAUUUAGCACCCUCGGCUUGGAACAAACUGCAGAAGGACUGGAAAAUGACUGAAUUCGUUUCAUUAAGUGCUUUUAAAUCUAAACUACGAAUCCUUGAGGCCGAGUCCAUAAUAUGCAACUGUUUUAAUUAGAUUGAUUGUCAUUUUAACUGCCUUUUUUUUUUUUUUUUUUUUUUUAAAUUGAAUUUUAUUUUUAUUUGUUUUCUUUCACUUACCUGUGUUUGAGUAAUCUCUGUAACUGUGAGACACCUGCUGCUGCCUAUCUUGGCCAGGUCUCCCUUGAAAAAGAGGUUUUUAAUCUCAAUGGGAUCUUCCUGGUUAAAUAAAGGUUAA